CUUUUAAAAUAAAUUUCCACAAAAACAGAACUUGCCACAAGGAUUAUAGUAAAAGAUCCGAUGUUUAUCGUUGCAAUUCAUUCUUCUGACAGUAGGUGGCAAAAUCUGUAUGUAAUAGUGUCUGAUCUUUUCCGAACAGUAAUAAGUCAGGAGCUCAUGAGGUGUAAUUAACGCUUGUGCACAGUAGGUGGCGCUUACACACUAAUACACACGUCCGCAUGGUGCGUGACUUUGAGUUGAAGCUCCAGGCCGGCAGAGGGAGCCAAAGCCAAAUUCAGCGACUAUAACGUGUUGAACGGCGAGAUUCCAGUUUAUGGUCAAUAAGCGGAAAUGACGUCAAAAACACGAUAUCCUGACAGAGAGUUGAUGUCCUGCACCAUUCCUCUACUGCACUUUGCCAGAAGACCAGCAGUGCUGUGCCGCUGGCCCUUGGUUCAGUUGAGUUCCUGUCAACCAUGCAGACCAUGUACUCUGUCCCCCAAGGAUGGACACCAGGACUCAGGUCGGAAGGAGCUCGGGUCAGAAAACCAGAAUCGGUCCUUGCUGGAGAGCCUGGUGAUGCUGGGGGUUGAUGUGAAGAUGGUGCAGCGGCGGCAGCCGGGUGUCCUGAAGAGGUCUUUCACCAACGAGCAAGGCCUGGCAUCCUUCCUGCAGUGCAAGGGGGCGAGCCGAGAGGUGGUGGCCAGCAUCAUCUCCCGCUUCCCUCGGGCCAUCAGCCGCUCUGAGGAGCACCUGCAGGAGCGCUGGCAGCUCUGGAGGCAGAUCUUCCUUAGUGACGGGGAGAUUGUGAACAUCCUGGCUCGCUCGCCGGAGUCCUUUUUCCGCUCUAGCGACAACAGCAAUCUGGAGAGGAACAUAAUCUUCCUGGGAUCACUAGGCCUCAGCUCCAAAGAUUUGUGUCGCCUGCUCACCACAGCACCACGCACCUUCUCCAACAGCCUGGAGCUCAACCGCCAGAUGGUGGAGCUGCUGAAGGAUGUGUGCCUCAGCCUUGGUGGGAAUGAUCCAGAGCACUUUGUCAAGGCUGUCCUUUCGAGGAAUCUGUACAUAUUGAUUCGGAGCACUAAGCGCAUCAAGGCCAACAUUGAGUUCCUGCAGAACACUUUGGCACUGAGCAAUGGAAAACUCUUGGAAUUGCUGCAGGGCCAAGGUGCAGUAAUUCUCAGCCUCUCUAAUGGGUACCUCAUGAAAAAUUUCAAAGGCAUCCAGCAGAAACUCUUGUCCCAUGGUUGUGGCAAAGAUGAUGUUAAAAAGCUGGUCACCAAAUAUCCUCCAGUCCUGUACAUUUCCCAAGAGAACUUGAAGGACAAAAUAAACUGUCUGCAGAAAGGGGGUGUAAGUAUGACACAGAUCAUCAAAAAGCCCAAGGUCCUUGAAUUCAGUAUUAAGAAUCUCACAAAGCGCUUACAGAUACUGAAAGACAUAGGCUAUGAUUUUCAGAAAAAUGGCAUUGGAAUUUUAGACUCCAGUCAGCGGAGAUUUGAUGCAAAGCUGCAGCGUCUUUCUGUGGAAUGAAUAACAUGAACAGAGUGCCUGUGUUUUUAAAUAAAGGUUAU